UUUUUGAUGAGGUAGCCCAACACCAGUACAACGCAUUAGUCAGGAAAGGCAACUCAGUGAUCCCUUCAGCUCCAAUGAUGAACUUUGUGCGUGCCCAGAUCAAGAAAGCAGCUGAUGAGACCGAGACUAUUCUUGAAACAACCCCGGCUGGCAAAAGCGAUGGAGAAGGUGCACUUCGAGCAUUCAUCAAGCGCCAGGGCCAAAAGUUAAGGCGGCUAUCAAACCUUUUUGGUUGUCGUGACCCCGAGUAUGUAUCACCAGAACGGUCUAGGUCGGCGACACCAUCAGAUCCCGCUUCGGGCCAGAGCCAUGGUGAUCAUUUGGAGGAUGAGGAUGUGGGUGUGGUCACCCAAGAGGUUGCUGAUGAUGAUAUGACCUUGGGGACGUACCAGGUUAGGUCUGCAUACAUGCUAAAGCCUAGAAGGGAAUCAACAAGUACACACCUGAAGACUUCACCGAAAGAGGCAAAAGGACGGUCGGCACCUCGCGGAUGGCGGCUUUGGAUGACUAUUUGGAUGACGAUGUCGAUGACGUGGAGGAACCGGAGCCGGAGCGGGAGCGUGUUCCUCUUCCUAGGAAGGUCAAGAAGUUAG